UCCCAGAGCUCUCGGUGUCAGUGAGUUACCUUUCAAGCUCACCUUUAUGUUUUUAAAAUCAGAGUACUGGAAAAAUGUCAAAUCAAUUGCCCUGUCUGUUUUUCUUGCUCUUAAUCACCAUUUUGUUAUUGUUGUUUGGAGGCUACUACACCUACAAGUAUAAGAAGAUAAACAUUCUGGCGAGCUGUUACCAUAUGGGCGGGAAAUGUCUGGAGCUGGAGAACUGCGAGGACCACCAGAGCAAGCUCCUGACCACUUGUGUCAACAAGCGGAAGGUGUGUUGCGUGAAAGAGACUGAGGACAAGCACUUGGAGUAUAGUGAGGAAUAUGGUGAAGUGCCAUGACCCAUGGGCUUAUAAAUUGUAUCUUUUGGAAUAAUCAAAGGAACAGCAAUUUCUUCGACGGAUAUUUCUAAAAUUAUGUUUGUUUGUCAUUUAAAUUCGGAGAAGAAAUCGCUCUCAGGCGGUCCUUUUUUUAAAUUCAAGUGUUGUUAGCGAAUUAAAAAGUCAUAGUUCUGCACGA